UUUGCAGAAUAAUAAUAAUGUUUGUUUCUCAAGCUAUAUGAUGCACAUGAACAUUGGUCUACUCUGGGGACACCCAAAAUCAUGGCUGCAAGACCAUUUAACCCAAAAUUAUUUUCUUAGUUGAGGUUUAGAAGGUUUAUAAAUUUUAUUUAUUUACUACUCUCAUGUAUGCCAUCUAUUCAGAGUCAGACACAAGCUUCUUAGGAUAUGGGAAAGGUCAGAACUAGGACCGUGCUAGGCCGUCAGAAGAAAGCCCAUAUUCUUGGGCCUAAAAUUAAAUUAAUAGAUGAUUUUACUGAUGAAUUCCAGCUGGAAAGUGCAAAAAGAGCUAACUAUGCUUCUGGGUCUUCUACAAAAAUAUCAAAUUUACUUGAGGAAUUAUGUCAGCUUCUUCAAGAAGCUCGUGUGACUGAAGAUGCACUGCCAAUUUGUUCCAGCAUCCGCACUCUCCUUACUCCUAGCCUUGAAUGCAAGAUUGUAUUGGCCCUGCCAGUGUUGAUGCCUGCUGUGUGUCCUCUGCUGGUGUCUCCUGCUGCAGCCCUGCGUCAGGCUGCUGCAGUCAUCUUAUUCAUUAUUGCUUCCAAGGUUCGCCGAGAAGUAUUGCUCCUGCCAACCCUGCAACUGUGUGAUCAUCUGAGCUCAGCUCUUGCCAACCCUACAUCUGCCCCUGACACCGUGCGUCUGCUGCAGCAGCUACUGUGUGCUGCUCCUCAGCUGCUGCGCGCCUGCUCACACAUGCUGGCACCUCCGCUCUUAUCCCUUCUGGCUCUGCGGUGUCAUAGUCGAAACACACUGUGGAAGAGCCUUGGAUGUGUUUUUGACGAGAUGAGCGAUACCGUCGCAGCUGGCCGCUGGAGAACCUGGCUUGAGGACCUCGAACGUCGUAAUACUGAAAACGUUAAAAACUUGAAGCACAGCUCUAAGAAAAAAAGAAAUGAACAACACACUACGAAUGACAAUAGUUCUGACAGUAGAAGUAACAAUAGCAUAAGUGCAUCUGAAGGCUCGGAGGCUGUAAAUCUUUCUCUGCUCAUGACCGUCAUUGCUGAGCUGCUGCAGUUGCGAGUGUUGGCUAAAACAGCCUCAGAGAGCGAGGAUGAUGACAGCACAGCUGCGUGGGCUCGUGUCACUGCUGUUAUUUUGUCCUCUGAUGUUCCUCAGCCUUCGCUGGUCUCCAGAUCGCGCUUGGACCGGGUCAAGCCAAACCUAAAAAGGCUUUUAUGUGAGCUGCGGCUGCUGGAGCUGCUGCGUAUUACCCUUUGCACACACUCUGCUCAGAAGGCGUGGCUGCAGCAGACGAUUGCACCGCGGCUGAGGCGGAUGCACGGCGCGCUGCUGCCGCCCGACGGCGCUGCUCCGUUCUCAGGGCUAGAGGCAGAGGAGCUGCGUCUGACGCUGCUGGCGGUGUGCGUUCAUUAUGGUUUCUACGACUCCAGGUCGCUGCACCUCCUGACACGCGCCCUUGCAGAUGAGUUACCUCGGCUAGAAGACUUACCGAAUGCCUCUCAGGAAUUGGUCUCUCUUUACUUCGAGCUUUUUGCCAGCGCGUACACGUGGCUGCGAGACGACGAGUUUCAACGCUCGUGUCACUUGCUUGACCACGAGUGUAGAUGGUGCGAGCAGCUCCACAAUCACACAAUAAUACAUCCACACUCUGAAACAACACAAACAGCUGGCACAUGUGAUGGAAAAUCCGGUUCAUCAGUUCUCCCGGUAAGCCACACCUCAGCAGCACAUUUGCCAGGAUCGUCUACAUCUCUCCUUGGAACCCGGCAGUGGGAGGCUCUGCCCCGAGGAGCCGCUGCUCGAGCAGACAAGUUGUUAGCUGACGCAAUGGAGGAGCCGCUCCUACGCAAGAGCAACUCCCCCUGGAAUAAUAAGAAUAAGACUCUAACGGAGGCUCAGCUGCUAGAAAAGCUCCUGCGGCACGACGUGCAGAGGUUCCUGUGUACCGACAAGCUGGCGCUCAUCGAGCCCGUCCUCAGCAACGUCAUGACAGGACUUGGUGAGACGAAGCAGAGGCAAGCGCAGGACGUCGAGGACUGGCAGGCGAGACGACAGGAGCUCGCGCGAGAUCUGCUGGAGGCGCUGGGGCGCUCCAAGGCCCUCGUGUCUGCGUGCGCCUGCACGCGCUUCUUCUCGUCAACGUUCGCUUGGCUGGUCUCCUUAUCGCCGAAUGAACUCGUCAGGCCGAGCGUUCACUGGGUCUAUUCAGUACUGCGUGAGGCUGAGAUGAGCUCGUCGGGACUCAGUGCUGACGUUAUCGCGGCGCUGGAGCGCUGCUCACAGUCCUUAGCUUUAGUAUGAAUUAUCAAGGAGAUGACAUCUAGUGGCCAUUGACGACGGAUGGACGUCACCUCCGAUUUGCGCAGCAUUAAAUAUGGAUGAGCGGCCGUCGUGUUU